AUGGCUACUCCGGCUGCAUUACCGCCAUUGCCCUUUAACCCGUCGCGAGUCCGGUCCUACGUGCUCCGUUUACCGCUGUUCACCCGCCUGGUGCUUUUGGCCAUUCUUGUGUUCUGGAUUCUCGAAUUACAGACGGUGUGGAGCGUAGUGCAAUGGGGGUCCCUCGCCCCGGACGAGAUCGGAUUCGGAAGCAUGUAUCGGCUCAACACCUACCCCUUCAUCCAUGCCGGCUUCUUCCACGCGUUCAUUAAUACGUUGGCUCUUACCCCGUUACUGGAGCGAUUCGAGGCCGAGCAUGGCACGCUGACCGCUGUCGCGUUGUUUAUCGGACAAACACCGCCGUUGUGGGCGCAAGCGUUUGGAUCUUUCUUCUUCUUGGCUCCGAGUCAAUUCGCACGUUCAAAUCCAAUCCGUACUUCAGCCCCGUUUAGCAUCGGCAAUUACAAGAUUCCGACCUGGACGUCGCCGUUGGUUGCCUGCAUUUUCGUGUCCAUCCUCAUGUCGAAUACGAGUUUCCUUGGUCAUCUAUGUGCCAUUCUUGUCGGAUAUUUGCUCGGCCUUGGGUAUCUGAAGCUGUUCGUUCCGCCGGAGAAGAUUCUCCGCUGGAUAGAGGGCAAGUUGAAUCUGCUUGGACGGCUGCCCCAUUAUGUGUCGGUCGACCAGAAGACAUGCGGCGUCGCUCACCUCUCUUCCGACACCACGCAGCAGCAUGGGAAGCAAUUCCCGAAUGUGUCUGAUACAAUGGCCUUGAAAUCCACAAUCCGCAAAUUGCGGAAUAACCCCCACGUUCUCUUCGUGCGCCUGCCGUAUAUUCUCUCCUUACUUUGCAUUGUCGCCGGCGUCGUCUGGCUGCUUCUCCUUCCCCUCGACGAGUAUUCCCGCCGCACCUACAUCUCCGAGAACGCCCUCCUCCCCGGUCAAGUCCACGCGUACUUCUCGGGCAGCGAACAGCAUAUUUUCCGCGGAUACAAGAAGGAGCUCGAAGGCCUGUUGCCUGGCGAGGGACAGGAGGGCGAUGCGGACCGGAAAGAUGCCCAGUUCACGCCAGCCGUAUCGGAUAAAGUCCAAUCGAUCCUGAGGGCAGCCGGGCUGAAGGUCGCGACGCAGAACUACGAAUACGUCUCCUCCGGUGUCACGCAUCAGGGGCAGAACACGUACGGGAUCAUCCGGGCGCCCAGGGGCGAUGCGACAGAGGCGAUUGUGCUGGUUGCGGCGUGGAGGACGGCCGACGACGAACUGAACCUGAACGGGGUCACACUCGCGCUGACGCUGGCGCGCUACUUCAAACGGUGGUCGCUCUGGUCGAAGGACAUCAUCUUCCUCUUCCCGCCGGACAGCAAGCUGGGCACGCAGGCGUGGAUCGACGCGUACCACGACAUGCAGCCGGCGUCGGUGCAGCCGCUACCGCUGAAAAGCGGCGCGCUGCAGGGCGGGCUGGCGAUGGAGUACCCGUUCGACCACCGGUUCGACUCGCUGCACAUCGUCUACGACGGGGUCAACGGGCAGCUGCCGAACCUCGACCUGUUCAACACGGCGGUAUCGAUCGCCAGCGGCCAGAUGGGCAUCGGCGCCAGUCUGCAGGAGAUGUGGGACCACGACGACAGCUACGAGAUGCGCCUGCAGACCAUCCUGCGCGGCAUGGUCAAGCAGGGCUUUGGCUAUGCCACCGGCGCCCACAGCAGCUUCAUGCCGUACCACAUCGACGCCAUCACCCUCCAGACCAAGGGCGAGGGCUGGCAGGACGAAAUGGCCCUCGGCCGCACCAUCGAAGGCCUCUGUCGCAGCCUGAACAACCUCCUCGAACACCUGCACCAGAGCUUCUUCUUCUACCUGCUCAUGCAGGCCAACCGCUUCGUCAGCAUCGGCACCUACCUCCCCAGUGCCAUGUUGAUCGCCGGCAACUUCACCAUUAUGGCUAUCGCGUUGUGGAUGCGCACGGGGUAUUACCUGGGCUCAAAGCCGGGGGCUCCCGGCGCCGAGCCGUCUUCGAAGGGCGAGAAGCCAGACUCGCCGAAGCGAGAGACCACCGCAGUCGCCCCGUCCGAGUCGAAUGGUAUCAUGGAGCGUCAGCUGGCGCUCCCGCUCACCCUGGUCGUGGGCCUGCAUCUCCUCGGACUCGUUCCGCUCUACAUCUUCAACAAUCUCUCCCACCAGUACUACGAACCCGCCACAUACAUCUGCCUCGCGGCGGACCUCGUCCUCCCUCUCCUCCUCGCAGGGGUGCUCUCAUUCUCGGGCUUCGCGACCCCCAAACCGCAACAGUACCUGCUCAUCAAGUCCUUCUCGCUCCUCCUCCUCGGCCUGUUUCUCUCCACGCUCGCGACGCUGAACUUCUCCCUCUCGUUCAUGAUCGGUCUGCUCUGCGCCCCGCUCACGUUCGUCUCGCGGCUCGGCCCGCAGACAGGCGCCCUCCGUUACGUCGGGUCUGCGCUCGGGCUGGUCCUGCUGAACCUGCUGUCGCCGCCUGUCGUGCUCCUCGGCGUGUGUGCGUACAUGGGCGUGUCCGUGGAGUAUGUCUUGACGCAGGCGGCCUUUGGAUGGAAUGUGUGGGGGAUGUGGACGCAGGUGGUGGUGUGGUGUGUAUGGUGGCCUGCGUGGUUGUCGGGGUGUGCGCUUCUGGGGUUUUCUCUGUUCUAG